AUGCCGAAGCCGCCCAACCAGCCUCCACCUCCAAUGUCUUCCAGUGGUGGCGAUCAGCAAGCAUACAACAACGACGGCAAGCCACCUGCACCAGGAGGACCUCCACCACCACCUCCAGGAGGAAUGCCUCCUCCACCACCUCCAGGAGGAAUGCCUCCUCCACCACCUCCAGGAGGGAAUGCCUCCUCCACCACCUCCAGGAGGGAAUGCCUCCUCCACCACCUCCAGGGGGAAUGCCUCCUCCACCACCUCCAGGGGGAAUGCCUCCUCCACCACCUCCCGGGAUAUUGCAAAACCCCACCUCCUCCACCCAGGCGGUUACCGCUACCGUCUCCGCGCCUACCGUCUUCACCACUGAUUAUUCUGUCAUUGUUAUGA